AUGGUGGUGCUGGCGUUGUGUUACGCUACGGUGAUGGACAUACGGAAAAACGCGGCGCGACUGUGGCCGGUGAUCGAGCUCGGGCGCGUGACGGACGCUCAGUGCGACCGGCAGGUCCCUUCGAACGCCGCCGGCGCCGAAUCCGCUCGUAGGCGUGUCCGGGGUGCCGGCGCCCCGCCCGGGUGCCGCCUCGAUUCACGCGGGUCGCCCCCGACACCCGUGUCCCGACGUCCCGGUGCCAGCGUUCGCGCCCGCGCGUGUCUUCGUAGCUAG